GCCGGCGCAGUUUGCGUCCUCAAAGUGGGACUUCCGAAAAGCAGAUCCGAGCUUUCCACCGAACUUGAUGUGGUCGCCAGAUGAUGGGCAAUCCAGGUUCUACCGCCGCCAGGUGCUCCUGCAGGAGAUUCGUGCUCUUCGCGCUGAUGUGCUCUGUCUCGUUGAACUAGACUGCUUCGCAGAAUUCCGCGACCUCCUGGAAGAGGAUGGUUAUGAUGCCGUGUUUCAAAAGCGGCCGGAUGAUCGGAAGGGCGACGGUUGCGGGAUCUUCUGGCGCCGCGAGGCAUUCACUGCCGUUGGACCCUGCCGGGCCUUGAUUUAUGCCCAACCUGCGAACGAUCGCAUUGCUCUGGGGCAGCUCCUGCUCCAUCGGAGCUCCGCGGAGCACCUCCUGGUCCUCUCGAGCCACCUCUACUGGGAUCAGGCGUCUGGGCAUCAGACUUCCGAGGCCCAGGAGCUUGUGGAGCUGAUCGAAGACAUGAUGAAGGGUUGCGCCCUGGAGUCUGGGCGAAGGCCCGCGGUGGUGUUCUGUGCAGACCUGAACUCGCUGCCCGGGUCCGAGGCCUACAAGCUGAUCACAAGGAAGCUCUGUGACGCGAGCUUCGGCCAUGCUGGUGGCGAGUAUUUCCAGGGUUCCUUCAGCACCCUGAAGCCGGAUGUCUACUGGUUCGCUGCUCCCAGGGGCCAGCGCUCCGAGCCACCCGAAUGGCACUGGCAGGAGGGGAGGCAGGAGGUCAUCGACUACAUCUUCCACAGCCAAGAUCUGACCCUGGAGACGCCCGUCGUCCUGCCUCGCAUGCCGGAGGUUCCCGAUCGGCCACCGAAGCGUCACAAACCCGAAGGGGGGCUCUACGGCUACUGGUGUGGCGGCUGGCGCUUCGCCGACUCGCCAGUGCCUGGCCUCGAG